AUGCGUAUAGACAAUGUUGAGAGUCAGCAAACAAUACCGGCGUCAGUGGUCUGUUACUACAGCGCGUGGGCUUAUAAUAGACCCAAACCCAUGAACUACGAUAUUGAGGACAUUAACGGAGAUCUCUGCACUCAUAUCAUCUACUCGUUUGUCGGUUUGGAUAACAAGACAUACGACUUGCGACAAUUGGACCCGAAGUACGCGAUCGACCAGAAGGGCUACGAAAGGUUUGUGGGUUUACGCAAGAAGUAUCCGCACCUCAAGCUGUCGGUGGCGAUCGGGGGUUGGGAUGAGGGCGGCAAACAGUACUCAGAAAUGGUGGCCAAUAAGGAUAAAAGGACCACGUUUAUCAAGGAAGUGGUCGAUUUGCUAAACAAGUACGGUUUCGACGGGUUUGAUCUGGACUGGGAGUACCCUGGUGCGUCGGACAGACAGGGCGCGUACGCCGAUAAAGCCAACUAUUUGCUGCUCGUACAGGAAAUGCGGGCCGCGUUUGACAAACAGUCCCGAAAACUAUUGCUAACGGCAGCGGUUCCGGUGCCUAAGUUCCGGCUACAGGACGGCUACGAAGUGAAACAAUUGGGCGAAUUGUUAGAUCAAAUCCAUUUGAUGACAUACGACUUGAGGGGCGUGUGGGCCGGCUUUGCCGACGUUCACUCACCUCUGUAUAGACGCCCCGGUAUUGAUGAAUACGCCUAUGAAAUGCUCAAUAUUAAUGACGGCACAAACCUGUGGCACACUAUGGGUGCGCCCAAACACAAACUUAUAGUAGGGAUACCUCUUUACGGCCGUUCGUACACUUUAGGCGAUAAAACACAACACGGAUUGAAAGCGCCGAUCAACCGCUGGAAUCCGCCCAACUAUGGCGGCGGAAAUCCCGGCAAAUACACUAACGCUUCGGGAAUGUUGGCCUACUAUGAGAUAUGCGGUUUAAAGGACUGGACCCAUGAGACCGAUAAUGUGGGCAAAUGUCCCUUCGCUUACUCCGGAGACCAAUGGGUGGGUUAUGAGGACGAGAAGAGUGUGGGCGAGAAAAUGGAUUGGGUUGUGCAACAGGGCUAUGGAGGCGGUAUGGUUUGGGCCAUGGAUUUGGAUGAUUUCACCGGCAGUUGCGGUCCGAAGAAUCCGUUGUUGACUGUCAUGAAGAAUAAGCUAAAAGACUAUAAAGGCUAUGGAGGCGGUAUGGUUUGGGCCAUGGAUUUGGAUGAUUUCACCGGCAGUUGCGGUCCGAAGAAUCCGUUGUUGACUGUCAUGAAGAAUAAGCUAAAAGACUAUAAAGUGAUCGUCGAUCCGAGCGGUGCGACCACUGAGUCUGGCCCUCACACGGCUCCACCGGUAGUGACCACAUCAGGUCCGGUCGGUACGACUGAAUCGGGCGGAACGGCGGGAACUGUGGCCACACUAUCGCCGCUCACUCCCGACGAACAGUGCGCUAAAGGAUCGGUAAAGUUUGUGCCGAACGCCGACUGCCAUAAGUACUACUGGUGUGUUAUGGGAAAGGCUGAGCUCAAGACAUGCGAUACGGGAACCAUUUGGGAUAUGGAUCUGAGUGAAUGCGUUUGGCCCGACGGCAAACCCAGACCCUAUUGUCAUAUGAUUUAG